ACCAGUUGUUUACUUUCCUACAAACUUCAUCCAGUUUGACAGUACGCAGACGCAAAAAGACGCGCUACAAAAGGGGAGAAAUUCAAAUUUGCCUCCAUUUAAUGAAAAAAAGCACCUAAACAGUAAUUUCGAUACGAUCAGUGGAUCCUUACCAAGUAAGUAUUCAUGGAGGCAUCGGCUGCACCAUCGCCUAGUCCCCCACCAAAUGAAGCUGAAGUAGUGGAUGAAAUGGAUAUGCAAGCAGUAUUAAUGCCCCAAAAUGCCGUUACUUUUCAGUUGAAUGUCCGUGAUGUUCCAUAUCAUGUCCCAGUACAACUAAGAGUAGUUUUUGACCAUACAGACGAAAACGCAAAUAUCGACACAGACGAUGUAAUGGAUUUUUAUUUAAUUGCACGAAACCAAAUAAUGAUCUUUAAUGAAGAACCUGGUGUAGAUCCCCCAGACCUUGUGCCCCCACCUGAAAUAAUAUUAGGUUAUCCUCUAACACCAGAGUCCAGUCCUCCCCCGAGCCCUCCACCUCCAAACCCACCAGGUAUGGAGUCUCCCUCCUCUCCUCAUACACCAGAACCAUUUUCGCUUAAUGAAAUUUAAUUAAUUUUGUGGACCUAGUAAGUAGUUUUACUCAAUUUUAAUUUAAAAAAUUAUUGAUUGGGCAGACCUUUAGGUCCCACAAGGAUGAUCCUAAAUGUUAUAUAUUGUUUGAACUUUAAGUUGAUCUUCUUUUUAUUGAUUUAUGAAUGUUAAUCAUAUAUUAUCUUAAUAAGCUUCUUUUAGUCAUCAUGGUAAUUUGUUAAAGUUGUAAAAAUAAAUGCCAUUUUGAAUGU